AUGAGUGAGAGGUUUAAAUUAUUCUCUCUUCCCGAGCCAAUUCUAGAGGCGAUUUUUUUGAAUUUGACAAAUCAAGAUUUCAACAAUUUGCUCUUAGCUUACCCGAACUCGAUAAACGACCGAACGUUAUAUCUCCGAUUAAAAAAAAUUCUUGGGAUUGAGAAAGUGAUAGUGGAGAAACGUCUUCAAAACCGUGGGUUCAAAUUCCUCAUUCCAAAAAUGAUCUACCUCGAAGCUCCACAAACGAUCAUCCCAAACACGACAGACAACAAGUCCCUAGUAAGAAAUGCUCUCUGGUUCAGUCCAUUGACUAUGAAUGAGAUGGAAAAUUAUACACAUGUAGCGAGACACCCUUUUGGACCAGGUCCGAAUUAUGGUGCUUUUGUCAACUAUGAAGGUGAGACUAUAAUCAUCUCUAGAAAUGUGUUUUACUUUGAAGUCACAUUCGACAAGAUCGAGCCGUCGGUGCAGUAUGUCUUUGGUAUUGGGUUAGCUCCUCAGUCUUAUCCCAAAAAUCGUAUGGUCGGAUGGGAUAAAGACGCCCUUGGAUAUCACUCUGAUGAUGGCAAUUUGUUUUAUAAUAGUGGUUCUGGAAAGAAUUACCACACCGGAUAUGGAGAGGGAGAUACUGUUGGCUGUGGGUUUGAUGUCAAACGGAAGGAAGUCUUUUUUACGUUGAAUGGAAAAGUCCUCCCCUCGAUUAAAGUGACACAAGAGUCAUUCUUCCCAGCCGUCUCGAUGAAGAAAACUAAAAGUUUUAAAGUCAACUUUGGAGCAGAACCAUUUGUUUAUGACGCUUACCUUUUAAAAGAUCAAGAGAUGCGAAAUGAAGAAGAGAAGUUGAAUAUCAAAGACCCUAAGACGACACUUUCAUUCUUCGACCCAAAUGAAGAACGAACAUUACUGGACUUCACUGACUCGGGGUCUCCUUUGUUUUUUGAUAGUGGAAGUGGAAGCGGAAGCGGAAUGACAGACACAGAUGAUAAUAAUGGCGGCAAUUUCUCACCAAAUGAAGAAAAUGAUGAGUCGUAUGAUAUAAGUGAUAUGGGAAGCGAUUUAUUCUAA